GCCGAGGGAAGCCCCGACUCCGUAGUCUCUGCUCGGAGUCUGUCUCUCCGGCGGUUCCCGGCCCCGCCGAUCCCAGUUCUCCGUCGCUCGCGGUUCGCCGCCCCGCUCGCCGCCAAGAUGCCGGUGUUUCAUACACGCACGAUCGAGAGCAUCCUGGAGCCUGUGGCACAGCAGAUCUCGCACCUGGUGAUCAUGCACGAGGAAGGCGAGGUGGACGGCAAAGCCAUCCCUGACCUCACUGCGCCCGUGGCCGCCGUGCAAGCGGCCGUCAGCAACCUCGUCCGGGUUGGAAAAGAGACUGUUCAAACCACAGAGGAUCAGAUUUUGAAGAGAGAUAUGCCACCAGCAUUUAUUAAGGUUGAGAAUGCUUGCACCAAGCUUGUCCAGGCAGCCCAGAUGCUUCAGUCGGACCCUUACUCAGUGCCUGCUCGAGAUUAUCUGAUAGAUGGGUCAAGGGGUAUUCUCUCUGGCACAUCAGACCUGCUCCUUACCUUUGACGAGGCUGAGGUUCGUAAAAUUAUUAGAGUUUGCAAAGGAAUUUUGGAAUAUCUUACGGUGGCAGAGGUGGUGGAGACAAUGGAAGAUUUGGUCACUUACACAAAGAAUCUCGGGCCAGGAAUGACCAAGAUGGCCAAGAUGAUCGAUGAGAGACAGCAGGAGCUGACGCACCAGGAGCACCGAGUCAUGUUGGUGAACUCCAUGAACACUGUGAAAGAGUUGCUGCCAGUUCUCAUUUCAGCUAUGAAGAUUUUUGUUACAACUAAAAACUCAAAAAACCAAGGAAUAGAAGAAGCUUUGAAAAAUCGCAAUUUUACUGUAGAAAAAAUGAGUGCCGAAAUUAAUGAGAUCAUUCGUGUAUUACAACUCACUUCUUGGGAUGAAGAUGCCUGGGCCAGCAAGAAGGACACUGAAGCCAUGAAGAGAGCACUGGCCUCCAUAGACUCCAAACUAAACCAGGCCAAAGGAUGGCUCCGUGAUCCCAAUGCCUCCCCAGGGGAUGUUGGUGAGCAGGCCAUCAGACAGAUCUUAGACGAAGCUGGAAAAGUUGGUGAACUCUGUGCAGGUAAAGAACGCAGGGAGAUUCUAGGAACCUGCAAAAUGCUGGGGCAGAUGACUGAUCAAGUGGCUGACCUCCGUGCCAGAGGACAAGGAACCUCGCCGGUGGCCAUGCAGAAAGCCCAGCAGGUGUCUCAGGGCCUGGAUGUGCUCACAGCCAAAGUGGAAAAUGCAGCCCGUAAGCUAGAAGCCAUGACAAACUCAAAGCAGAGCAUUGCCAAGAAGAUUGAUGCUGCUCAGAACUGGUUAGCAGAUCCAAAUGGUGGACCAGAAGGAGAAGAACAGAUUCGAGGAGCUUUGGCUGAAGCUCGGAAAAUAGCAGAAUUAUGUGAUGAUCCUAAAGAAAGAGAUGACAUUCUACGUUCCCUUGGAGAAAUAUCUGCUCUGACUUCUAAAUUAGCGGAUCUACGAAGACAGGGGAAAGGAGAUUCCCCAGAGGCUCGCGCAUUGGCCAAGCAGGUGGCCACGGCGCUGCAGAACCUGCAGACCAAAACCAACAGGGCUGUGGCCAACAGCAGACCCGCCAAAGCAGCUGUGCACCUUGAAGGCAAGAUCGAGCAAGCACAGCGGUGGAUUGAUAAUCCCACACUGGACGACCGGGGAGUCGGUCAGGCUGCCAUCCGGGGACUUGUGGCCGAAGGGCAUCGUCUGGCAAAUGUCAUGAUGGGGCCUUAUCGCCAAGAUCUUCUUGCCAAGUGUGACCGAGUGGACCAGCUGACGGCCCAGCUGGCUGACCUGGCUGCCAGAGGGGAAGGGGAGAGUCCUCAGGCACGAGCGCUUGCAUCUCAGCUCCAAGACUCCUUAAAGGAUCUGAAAGCUCGGAUGCAGGAGGCCAUGACUCAGGAGGUAUCAGAUGUUUUCAGUGACACCACAACUCCCAUCAAGCUAUUGGCAGUGGCAGCCACUGCCCCUCCUGAUGCACCCGGUAGGGAAGAGGUAUUCGAUGAGAGGGCAGCUAACUUUGAAAACCAUUCAGGAAGACUUGGUGCCACAGCAGAGAAGGCGGCUGCUGUCGGUACUGCUAAUAAAUCAACAGUGGAAGGCAUUCAGGCGUCAGUGAAGACGGCCCGAGAACUCACACCCCAGGUGGUCUCGGCUGCUCGCAUCUUACUUAGGAACCCUGGAAAUCAAGCCGCUUAUGAACAUUUUGAGACCAUGAAGAACCAGUGGAUUGAUAAUGUUGAAAAAAUGACAGGGCUGGUGGACGAAGCCAUUGAUACCAAAUCUCUGUUGGAUGCUUCCGAAGAAGCAAUUAAAAAGGACCUGGACAAGUGUAAGGUAGCCAUGGCCAACAUUCAGCCUCAGUUGCUGGUUGCUGGGGCAACCAGCAUUGCUCGUCGGGCCAACCGGAUUCUGCUGGUGGCUAAGAGGGAGGUAGAGAAUUCUGAGGAUCCCAAGUUCCGUGAGGCUGUGAAAGCUGCCUCUGAUGAAUUGAGCAAAACCAUCUCCCCGAUGGUGAUGGAUGCAAAGGCUGUGGCUGGAAACAUUUCUGACCCUGGCCUGCAAAAGAGCUUCCUGGACUCAGGAUAUCGGAUCCUGGGAGCAGUGGCCAAGGUCAGAGAAGCCUUCCAACCUCAGGAGCCUGACUUCCCUCCUCCUCCACCAGACCUUGAACAACUCCGACUUACUGAUGAGCUUGCUCCUCCGAAACCACCUCUGCCUGAAGGUGAAGUCCCUCCGCCCAGGCCCCCACCACCAGAGGAGAAGGAUGAAGAGUUCCCUGAGCAGAAAGCCGGGGAGGUGAUUAACCAGCCCAUGAUGAUGGCGGCCAGGCAGCUCCACGAUGAAGCUCGCAAAUGGUCCAGCAAGCCCGGUAUCCCAGCCGCUGAGGUGGGUAUAGGUGUUGUAGCUGAGGCAGAUGCGGCUGAUGCUGUCGGGUUCCCUGUCCCCCCUGACAUGGAAGACGAUUACGAACCUGAGCUGCUGUUAAUGCCAUCCAAUCAGCCGGUCAACCAGCCCAUUCUGGCCGCGGCUCAGUCCUUGCAUCGGGAAGCUACCAAGUGGUCUAGUAAGGGCAAUGACAUCAUUGCAGCAGCCAAGCGCAUGGCUCUGCUGAUGGCUGAGAUGUCUCGGCUGGUAAGAGGGGGCAGUGGUACCAAGCGGGCACUCAUUCAGUGUGCCAAGGACAUCGCCAAGGCCUCAGACGAGGUGACACGGUUGGCCAAGGAGGUUGCCAAGCAGUGCACAGACAAGCGGAUUAGAACCAAUCUCUUACAGGUGUGUGAGCGAAUCCCAACCAUAAGCACCCAGCUGAAAAUCCUGUCCACAGUGAAGGCCACCAUGCUGGGCCGGACCAACAUCAGUGAUGAGGAGUCUGAGCAGGCCACAGAGAUGCUGGUUCAUAAUGCCCAGAACCUCAUGCAGUCUGUGAAGGAGACUGUGCGAGAAGCAGAAGCUGCUUCAAUCAAAAUUCGAACAGAUGCUGGUUUUACGCUGCGCUGGGUUAGAAAAACUCCCUGGUACCAGUAGGCACCUGACUGAACCUGGCUGGGACAGAUAGCCCGACGAAGCAGAAGGCAAAUGAUCUGAGUCCCAGGAGUCACCCAGAGUUGUUGGGGGUUAAAAGCCACACUGUGCCCUGACACAUCAGAAGGGAAUGGGGGGGGGGGGGCCUCUUCACAUUAGAAAACAUUUAUACUUUUUUCAUGGACACUUUGAAAUGUGUCUCCGUAUAAAACUUGUAUUCUCAA